CAUUUGUAGUUCUUGGGAUGGACAGGAGCCCUCAUCUUAGCAGUAGGACGAUAUUCUUAAGCUUACAAAAUGAGAUAUUCUUUGAUAGCGGCUACAAUUGCCGGCGCCAGUUUGGCAAGCGCACACACGAUAUUCGUUCAACUUGAGUCAAACGGUGUGACGAACCCAGUGUCUCACGGCAUAAGAACGCCAUCUUAUGAUGGUCCUAUCAGCGACGUAACGUCCAACGAUGUUGCUUGCAACGGCGGUCCUAACCCGACCACGCCUUCUGACAAGAUUAUCGACGUCAAAGCUGGAUCUACAGUCAAUGCCAUCUGGAGGCACACGCUGACAUCUGGCUCCGGUGAUGUGAUGGAAGCGAGCCAUCUAGGACCCACCCUCGCCUACCUCAAGAAAGUAAACGACGCAACAACUGAUAAGGGAUACGGCGAUGGUUGGUUCAAGAUUCAGGAAGAUGGUUACAACAAUGGAGUCUGGGGUACCUCAAAAGUUAUCAACAACGAGGGCAAGCAGCCGAUCAAGAUCCCGGACUGUCUGCCGGACGGCCAAUACCUCCUCCGUGCUGAGAUGAUUGCUCUCCACGCCGCUGGAUCCAGUAAAGGCGUCCAGCUGUACAUGGAAUGCGCACAGAUCAAUAUUUCAGGAGGUUCGGCAACCAAAUCGCCCACAACCUAUAGCUUCCCCGGCAUUUACAAGCAGGAUGAUCCCGGCAUCCUCAUCAACAUAUACUCCAUGGACAAGAAUAGCCAAUACAUCAUCCCUGGCCCUGAUCCUUUCACUUGCUCGGCAGCUGGUUCUGGCGGGAACCCCCAAACCACACCAAAUCCACCUGCUUCCACAACACUAGCAACCUCCACCAAGACCGCAGCACCCACGACACCCACCUCUCCCUCGGGAUGUGCUGUCGCGCAGUGGGCUCAAUGCGGUGGCUCUGGCUACACGGGAUGCAGUACUUGCGCUAGUGGAUACACUUGCAAGAAACAGAACGAGUACUAUUCCCAGUGCGCGUAAAACAUAAUUCAGAUACCAGGUUUAGAAUAGUAAUACGAAGUAUUAAUAUGUAAUUACUCCUACGUUUAUCUACGACGUGAAUUGGUUAGAAGAAGUGAUUAAAUAUUAUUGUUGGUCAUUUCUUUUUCUCCGUCGGCUGUAUUUAUCUUGCUAUCCUACGUAUGGGGGAACACUAUCAAAG